UUGCGCCUGUUGGCGGGCUGAGCGCGGGCCUGGGCGUCAGGCGCCUUCUCCUCCUCUCGGGGGCUCGGUGCGGGGGAGGCGUGUGUGAGGAAGGCAGCUGGGCACCGAGCGAGCGGGAGAGGCGGAGCGCAGAAGGCGCCGGGUUUCCCCUUCCUUCUUCGGGCGCCGGAGGGCAACCGGUGAUAAUGACGACUGAAGGUGGUUCAGAUAGUGAAGUAAAAGAAUCAGAGAAUCUGAGGACUAACACAGGAAGUGAAAAUGCUGGGGAUGCACCAGAAAGUCAAGAAGAUCAACAACAAAUAGAAGAAGGUUCUCCUGUCCUUCCAACUGUAGCUACCCAAAAGAGCCCUAAAAGCUCAGGUGGAAAGGGCAUUUCUCGUUUUAUCCCCCCCUGGCUUAAGAAACAAAAAUCAUACAGCAUAUCAGAACCCAAAGAUGAAACUAAGAAAAGAGAGCAUCUAGCAUCCGAAGAAGAGACAGCAGUGGAUGAAGGAGAAUGUCAUCUCUCAGAAGAAGAAGCUCAAUCUAAAGGAAAAUUAGAGGACAUUUCUGAGAAUCUUCAAGAAGCUGAAGUGGAUGGUGAUAAAGAAGAAAAACAUGUUGAGUCACAGUCUGAUAAAGAAGACAAAGAAAUUGUUUCUGAAGCUACUGAAAACAUUGAAGAUCGGAAAAGAGAGACAAAAGAGGUGCAAACAAGUGAAAUCAAAGUAGAAAGAGUGCUCCAAAAAACUCCUAAGAAGAUCAGGAUAGUACCGGCUAAAGUUGUCCUUUUGGAUGGCACAGAAUACAGUUGUGGCCUUGAGAAAAAAGCUAAAGGGCAGGUGUUGUUUGACAAAGUGUGUGAGCAUCUUAACCUACUCGAACGGGACUAUUUUGGCUUGUUAUUCCAAGACCCUACAGAUCAGAAGAAUUGGCUUGAUACUUCAAAGGAAAUAAAGAAGCAAAUUCGCAAUUUGCCAUGGCAGUUCACCUUUAAUGUGAAGUUUUACCCACCUGACCCUUCACAAUUAACAGAAGAAAUCACCAGGUACUUCCUUUGUUUGCAGCUUCGUCAGGAUAUUGCUUCUGGACGUCUACCAUGCUCUUUUGUGACCCAUGCUCUGCUUGGUUCAUAUACUUUACAAGCUGAACUAGGUGACUUUGAUCCUGAGGAGCAUGAUAGUGGUUACAUACAGGAAUUCCAAUUUGCACCUAACCAGACGAAAGAGUUGGAGGAUAAAGUAGUGGAAUUACACAAGACACACAGAGGUUUGACUCCAGCACAAGCAGAUUCCCAAUUCAUAGAAAAUGCCAAGCGGCUAUCCAUGUAUGGAGUGGAUUUACAUCAUGCUAAGGAUUCUGAAGGUGUGGACAUCAUGUUGGGGGUUUGUGCCAAUGGGCUACUCAUUUACAAAGACAGACUUCGAAUAAAUCGUUUUGCAUGGCCCAAAAUUUUGAAGAUUUCUUAUAAACGCAGUAAUUUCUAUAUUAAAAUCAGACCAACUGAACUGGAGCAGUUUGAGAGUACUAUUGGCUUUAAGCUGUCAAAUCAUAGGGCUGCAAAACGAUUAUGGAAGGUUUGUGUGGAGCAUCAUACUUUUUAUAGGCUUUUAUCACCAGAACAGCCUCCAAAAGCCAAAUUUCUGACACUGGGCUCCAAGUUCCGCUACAGUGGACGUACCCAAGCACAAACACGCCAGGCUAGCAAUCUCAUAGAUAGACCUGCCCCAUACUUUGAACGGACCUCAAGCAAACGGAUUUCCAGGAGUCUUGAUGGUGCUCCAUUAGGCAUUGUAGACCAGAGUCUGCUAAAGGAUUUCUCUGUUGCUGCUGGUGAGAGGACCUUUGAAACAGCUGGACAGCACAAGUUAAAAGACGAGGAAGGCAGAGAUGUGGAUGGAGGCAUUGCUAAAAUGUCACAAUUAGAAGAUGGAAAGCCUAAAGCAACUUCACUGAAUGUUUUUAAUGGCGCUACUCUAACAGACAAAGCAAAGGAAGAGAAGACGGAAAUGGAAGAGGAUGAAAUUCAUAAGAAGGAACUGGAUAAGACUCAGGAUGAAUUACUGAAGCAUCAGGCUAGCAUUAGUGAACUCAAGCGCAAUUUUAUGGAAUCCACUCCUGAGCCACGCCCCAGUGAAUGGGAAAAACGGCGUAUCACACCUCUAACUCUACAAACACAAGGGAAAUUUACUUUCCAAACGGAAGAACCUUCCAUUGGAACCAGCAGGAAUAUUAAGAGUUCACAUGAGACUCUGGACAUAGUGGAGAAGAAACAGGCAGAGGUUGGGAUAGCAGACACAAUAGUCACAGAUGAUACCAACAGGGGGAAAAUGCCAUUUGUCUGUGGUGGUGGGGAAAGUCAGAAGAUGGAACAUCUAGCAAAAAAAGACUCUUCAUCACUGUCAUCCAAUAGCAGCAGUAGUGAGAGUGAAGAUGAAGUAGGAGAGUAUCAGCCACACCAGCAGAUUAUACAAGAUACUAUAAAAGAAGAAUUGGAAGAAAAUGAAACUACCAAAGAGGAAGAACAGAGCUCAACAGCAGAUGUUUGUGUUAAAUUUUCAGAAGAAGUCAGUCCAAUUCAAACAGCAAUUGAGCACAAGCAGUUGACUGAAGCUUUGGUCCAAACAAAUGAAGCUUCCAUAAACACAUCAGAAAAGACAAAGUUAGGAAGAUUGGAUGAUGAAGGCCCAAAAGAAGAAAAGGAGGAAGAUCUACCUAAACUAAAUGGAGAAGCAUUGCAUAUUGACAUUGAUGUUUCACCACAAUUAAUUUGUUGCUCAGAGCCUCCACUUAUUAAAACUGAGAUGGUGACGAUUUCAGAUGCUUCACAAAGAACUGAAAUAUCCACUAAAGAAGUCCCAAUUGUUCAGACAGAAACUAAAACGAUCACCUAUGAAUCUCCUCAGUUUGAUGAUGGUGCUGAUGCUGGUAUGUUGUUGAGUGCACAGACAAUCACAUCAGAAUCUGUUUCUACUACCACAACCACACAUAUUACUAAGAUGGUAAAAGGUGGUGUAUCAGAAACCAGAAUCGAAAAGCGUAUUGUUAUCACAGGAGAUGCAGAUCUUGAUCAUGAUCAGGCAUUGGCACAAGCCAUUAAGGAAGCCAAAGAGCAGCACCCUGACAUGUCUGUAACAAGGGUAGUGGUGCAUAAGGAGAGUGAACUUGAAGAGGAAGGCCAUUAAGAUUUAUGAAGAAUGCUUUGAGACUAUGAAGAACUUAAAUAAUUCCAAGUUGAUAUCCCAGCCAGUCUUUCACUGAAUACACCAAGUUCAUCACAGGGACCAAACUUCUCUAGACCGAAUUACCAACCUUACAGUUUUUCAUGUAUGUCUUUGUUUUCAUAACCGAUUUUUAACGUUCUUGGAUUUUUUUUUAACAAGGUAUAGAGAAUUUUUUGUUCAAUUCCCUGCUAUUUUUGUAUAACUGAUUUCUUGUUUGCAUGAAAGUAAGCAAAAAUAUUUAGAAAGCACUGUUUACUUGAGUAGUUUUAAUAUGCAGGGAAAAGGAACCCUGACUAAUUUAGAUAUAGACUUUUUUCAAAAAUGUCUCAAAGACUUAACUGGAAAAAUUUUACUUUUUCAGAUAAAUAUCAAAUAAUACAAGAAAAAUAUUCUUUUUAUUAAAAAAACAAAAUGUUCUUAUAGCUUGGCAGGGAAAGUAAACUGAAAACCUGUAUGUUUUUAUAUAGAUUCCUAUAUUUUAAAAAAUCUGUUUAUUCUGAUGAUCUCUUAUUUUUUGAGGGAACUGGUGCUGAUAUCAUAUAGAAUCGAUGUUUUAGCUAUUAAAAAAAAACAUUUCUACUGACCAGCCACUGUUCAAGUAGCCUUUUGUUUGCACUUCACUGUCCUCAGCCAGUCCCUUCAGAGAGACCUAUAGGGGUCUGCAACAUUCCAGAGUUGGAAGGACUUUGCUCUGUCCUUCCAGCAAAUUUAGGCAGCUUAAUGCUUUUCUCUUCUUAUGCUAAAUGUCAGAUACUCCAUUAUACAACUGCAUCUGCAGAAAAAGCUUGCUUUGCCUAAAAAAACCAGGGCUGGCAGCGCUUGGGAUUCAAAUGCAGAAAGUGUUUCAGAGCACAGGCUGAAAGCAGCUUGCAGAGUAUAUCUCUCUCUGCAACUCCUUAAACAAAGCAGGAAUUUUCCAUAGGUCUGUCCGUGCAAUCCCAGAAAUAGACAUAUCUCAUUUAAAGAGUUGCAGUCCAGCACCACAGAUGGUCUCUCUCUUGGACUCUUCGAAGUGCCUUUUUGUCUUUGAAUCUUAAGUGCUGCCCAGCCCUAAUAAAAACUUAUUAAUUCCUGUUACAACUGACAUUUGUUGAGCAGUUAUUGUUUAAGUAGCUUGCCUAAUAAUAGGAACAGAUUUUGAGGACCAGAAGGAACCAAGGGUAUGGCCUUUAGGCCCAUUAUUAGUGGUGCCUGUUACUGAGGAGGUCUCUAUGAAAACCUGUUGACUAUAUCCAUUUUUCUCCAUUGUUCACCAUAUGAGCUGUAUAGUUAAGAUGCCAUAUUAAAUUUAUAGCAGCUUGAAGUUGUAUUAAGUGAUAUUUUGCUUGCAUAAUACUGUUAUAAAAUAAAGUUUCUUUAUUCUCUAAA